AUGUCGUCCUGCUUUGGACUCCGCAAGCCGCGCGACGACGACCAGCGGCCGCUGCUGCCCCAGUACCGCAAUGACACGGCGCUGCAGCGAGAGCUCCACCAGAAGCUGCACUCGUAUCAGAUGCUCCGCGCCCUGUCCAAGGGCUUUAUGCCAUCGAACGAGCAGGUCAUCACCAACCUUCGCAGCCUCCUCGCCGCCGACAUCCUCAAUCCCGACAACCCUGACCUGAGCGACUCCGGCCGGCUGCUGGUGAAGCACACCAAGCGAUGGCUUCACGAAUUCAUCGAUCUGCUGCAGCACAAAAACAGCAAGGAUCAGAUACAGGACUUCAUCUGGUACCUGUCUAAGUCGAGGGUCUCUGUCGAUGUGGACGACAUUGCCCAUCGCGCCUCCAAGUCAAAGGCCAAAGCAGACACUGUAGCGGCUUAUAAAAGUCUGCAAACAGUCGGCUCGUUGCUGCUGACGAAUUCCGAUUUCCGCAUCUUCCUCUCCGAUCUCAACGUCGUCGGCCGCGAAAUCUUCAAGGACACCGCAUUCGCACUGUCCGAAGUGGCACAUGAGGCUGGGGAGAAGAUAGAGCCCUCAGAGAGUGAGCAGAAGACAUUGAAAGAGCCGGGAGCAGACUCGGACUCUCCCCCGUCUGCGGACAAUCUCAAUGGACAAGCCACGGAAGUCGCUCAAGUGGUUGGCUCCGGGGCGGUGAAAGUGGCAAAGGAGGCAAAAGACAGUGCGGCAGACAAGCUAAGGAGCGAAGAGGGAGACUCGCUGCUAUACCGGCUGAAGAAGACGGUCACGGACUUGCGGAAGAAGAGGGAUUACUCAGAGUCGGUCUCGACACUGGGCCUGCUCCUCCAGCGAUAUGCUAUGUCGUACUCCCGCAUCGUCGAAGAUACCAUGGGCGCUACCCAAAAGGAUGUGAACACGAAUCCCGCUAUGGAGAAAGCAGUGAAGAACUUCUGGACGUUCUUGAGCUCUUUCGGCGACGAGGAAGAGUGGAAGAAACUCGAGGAUCGCUUCCAUCAGGUCAUGGAGCACUCGAAGAAAGACCCACGGUUCGAGGGCCUCAUGAGCGACAUCGGCAACUCCCUGCAAAAGCUGCUGACGGACCCGGACUUCUUUGAUCAUGCAGAUGAGAAAUUCCAAGAGCUGCGGAAGAAAUCUCGCGGCGUCGGCACAGACUCCUCCCUGCGAGAUGAUGUUGACGCCUUCUUUGUGCAAGUACAGAGAACCUUCGAGGCAGUGCUCCGCGACCAAGACAUCGCAAAGCUCAUCAAGACAAGCACGCAAAUUUUCUACAUUCUCUCGCCAGCAUACCGCUACACCAACACCGAGCUGGUCCAAGACGCAAUCAACGUCUUCGUGCCGCUCCUCAUCCAAGCCAUCCAAUACGUCCCCAUCCCGCGUCUCGAAGUCUCUACCCCGGAGGUCGACCUCCUCCUUGAGAACCUCAUCAUCGAACCUGGCAAAACCAUCAACAACACCUCAUUCCUCCCCUUCCGCUUCCGAGUAGAGACGUACAACGACUUCGAGAUCUGGAAAGCGCGCUUCCGCACAGCCUCUUCGGUAACCUCAAAGAUGACCAUCAAAAUCGACGGGCUCUCCGUGCGCGCCGACGAGAUUGGGUUCUUGCUCCGCGCGCACUCGGGCUUGCUCCGCCUCGCAGACGAGGGGAUCGCAUCUUUCCAGCUCGACGAGCGCGGUAUCGACAUCCACCUGGACGUCGAAAUCGCAAAAGAGCGGAUGGAGCAAAUCCUCACACUCAAAGCUGUGCGGGUGCACAUCCACAAACUGUCCUACACCCUCCGCAAGUCCAAGUUCAGCCUCAUCACCUGGCUCCUCAAGCCGCUCCUCCGCCCCGUCAUCCGCAAAGUCAUGGAGAGGCAGCUCGCCACCGCCAUCGCAGACUUCUUCCACGCCGCGAACCGCGAACUACUCUUUGCACGAGAGAGGCUGAGAGCGACCCGCAUCUCGGAUCCGGACGACCUGAAGACGUUCGUCAAGGCGGUAAUGACGCGCUUGACGCCCGCCGAGGACCCGGAUCUAUACACAAGAGUUGGGGUUGCGCCGCCAGGCAAGGGCGUGUUCAGGGGCAAGUAUGCGCCUGGUAGCGUGGUUAAGCUCUGGGAAGAGGAGGGUCGGCAGGCGGCUGAACGGAUUGAUGAUAUGGACGAGGGUGCGUGGAGGAAUGAUGUUUUCGAUUUGCAUGCCAUGAUGCUAUGA